GAUCAUAUUCUAUUCUUCAUAAAUUAGUUGGGGUUCAAUCGUUUCAACAAGAGAGUUAAACAAGAAAGAAGAUUACAAAGUGUUUAUUUUUUGAGAAAAUGGAUUCAGAUUCAACAAACAAGUACAUCCCAGAUCAUCGUCGUACUAAUUUCAAAAAUAAAGGUAGAUUUAACCCUGAUGAAUUACGUCGUCGUCGUGAAACUCAAAGUGUCGAAUUGAGAAAAGCUAAAAGAGAUGAAACUUUAGCUAAAAGAAGAAAUUUCAACGUCUCUAACGCUAAUGAUUCGGAUGAUGAAGAUGACGCUAAGAAAAAUGAUGAUGAUUCUUCAUUUUUAAGUCAAUUACAACAAGAACUACCAAGAAUGAUGGAACAAAUCCAAUCUGAUAAUUUUGACUCUCAAUUAGCUGCUACUGUGAAAUUCAGACAAAUUUUAUCAAGAGAACGUAAUCCUCCAAUUGAUUUAGUUAUUCAAUCAGGUGUUGUUCCAAGAUUAGUUGGGUUUAUGAGUGAUCAACCAGAAAUGUUACAAUUAGAAGCUGCAUGGGCUUUGACAAAUAUUGCUUCUGGUAGCUCAGAUCAAACAAGAUAUGUUGUUGAAGCUGGCGCUGUCCCAUCUUUUGUUAACUUGUUAUAUUCAAACUCUUUAGAAGUUAAAGAACAAGCAAUCUGGGCUCUGGGUAAUGUUGCUGGUGAUUCAGCUCAAUAUAGAGAUUAUGUUUUAUCAUGUAACGCCAUGGAACCUGUUCUUUCAUUAUUCAACACAACAAAAAUGUCUCUAGUUAGAACUGCUACUUGGACUUUAUCAAACUUGUGUAGAGGUAAAAAUCCUCAACCAGAUUGGAAUGUUGUCUCACAAGCCUUACCAACUUUAGCUAAAUUAAUUUAUUCAGUUGAUGUGGAAACUUUAAUUGAUGCUUGUUGGGCUAUUUCUUAUCUAUCAGAUGGACCAACUGAAGCUAUUCAAGCCGUUGUUGACGCCAGAAUACCAAAAAGAUUAGUUGAAUUAUUAGGUCAUGAAACAACUUUGGUGCAAACUCCUGCUUUAAGAGCGGUUGGUAACAUCGUUACAGGUAAUGAUUUACAAACUCAAAUUGUUAUUAAUGCUGGUGUUUUAAAUGCUUUGUUACCAUUGUUAUCAUCUGCAAAAGAUUCAAUUAGAAAAGAAGCUGCUUGGACUAUUUCAAAUAUCACUGCAGGUAACUCAGAACAAAUUCAAGCUGUUAUUGAUGCCAAUUUGAUUCCACCUUUAAUCAAAUUGUUGGAACAAGCUGACUAUAAAACUAAAAAAGAAGCAUGUUGGGCUAUUUCAAACGCUUCUUCUGGUGGUUUAACUAAACCUGAUAUUAUUCGUUAUUUAGUCAGCCAAGGUUGUAUUAAACCAUUAUGUGAUUUGUUAUCUGUUGCUGAUAAUAAAAUCAUUGAAGUGACUCUUGAUGCUUUAGAAAAUAUUUUGAAAAUGGGUGAAUUAGAUAAAGAAACAAGAGGUUUAGCUGAAAAUGAAAAUGCAAUUUAUAUUGAAGAAUGUGGUGGUAUGGAAAAAAUUUAUGACUGUCAAAAUAAUGAAAACGCUAAAAUUUAUGAAAAAGCUUACCAAAUUGUUGACAAAUACUUUGCAGCUGAAGAUGAACUAGAUGAUACCGGAUUAGCUCCAGAACAGGCUGGUAAUACAUUUGCUUUCAACACAGGUAAUCAAGCUAACUUUCAAUUUUGAAAUAUUAUCUCAAAAGAGUGAAACAGAAUCAUAGUAUUCAUUGGAAAUGAUGAAUGCUGUCAAUAUACCCACAAAUUCCCAUUUUUUUC